AUGGCUGAAUUUGUUGAUCAAAUUAUUGUAAACGAUGUCUUACCUUAUGAUGAGGAAGCUAAAAAAGAAAAGCCCUGGUAUGAAAAAGCUUGCAUACCUAAUGCACCACAUCGAUUUCGGGAGCUAAGGCUUCCGAAUGGUAAAGCAAUAGAAAAUAUACUAGAAGCUAUUGGCGGUACUCCACUGGUAAAACUUAACCGGAUUCCACAAUCAAUGGGUAUUGAAUGCAACGUCUAUGCAAAAAUGGAGUACAUAAAUCCGGGUGGUUCAGUCAAGGAUCGUUCUGCAGAACGCAUGAUUGACAUUGCAGAACGUACGGGAAUUUUGAAGCCUGGUAUGACACUUAUCGAACCAACAUCAGGAAACACAGGAAUUGGACUCUCGAUGAUUGCUGCGGUCAAAGGUUACAAGUCGAUAGUUGUAAUGACGGAUAAAAUCAGUAUGGAAAAGGAGAAUAUCGUCAAGGAGCUAGGUGGAGAAAUUGUUCGAACACCAGAUAGCGCUCCAUAUGAUUCGCCUUCAUCGCACUUUGGAGUGGCAUUUCAGAUGCGCAAGCAAAACAAAGAUACUUCAUUAGUACUAGACCAGUACAUAAAUCCAGCGAAUCCCAUAGCACAUUACGAGAGUACAGGAGCAGAAAUUUUGUACGCAUUAAAUGGAAAAGUUGAUAUGGUAGUAGUAGGCACCGGUACUGGUGGAAGUAUUAGCGGAAUUGGCCGCCGUGUCAAGAAAGAAUGCCCACAUGCAGAGAUCGUCGGUGCAGAUCCAGAAGGUUCUAUACUUGGUGAAACAGAAAAAGAUGGUCAUAAGCAUGAGUUUUUUGAGGUUGAAGGAAUUGGCUACCAUUUUACACCAGCAGUUCUCGAUAAUGAUAUUAUUGAUAAAUGGGUGAAAGUUAAAGAUGCCGAUUCAUUCAAUAUGGCUCGACGUUUGAUUCGAGAAGAAGGUUUACUCGUAGGUGGAAGCUCGGGUUCGAAUAUGUAUGCUGCAAUGCAAGCGUGUAAACAUCUCGUAAAAGGCCAAAACUGCGUGGUUAUGCUACCUGAUGGAAUUCGAAAUUAUUUAUCAAAGUUUUUAAAUGACGAUUGGAUGGUGAAGAGAAAAUUUAUGGAACCCAUCUCGAGAGUUUCUGUCAAACCCAGCGAAUCGUCUGCGCAGCAACCUUUGAAUUACUUUCCCAAUAAAAAAAUGUCCUGGCAAUGGAGCACAAUGCAACCGAGCAAAAACCAGUGUCCAGUUCAAUUUAAGCCAUGGCAGUAUGCAAAUUUUUUAACCAUUGCAAAAUUAUUCCGAUAA